CCUGCUUAAGAUGCAGCGAAUGUGACAGUCGAGCCGAUAGUCCAGACUACAGCAGCGCGUGGACGGGAAAGGUGAGCGUGGUGGGGGUGGGGGGGCACAAAAAUGCCAGUGGAACCAGCUCACCCGCAGACGUGACGCCGACACACCGAGAAAAAAGAGGAAGGCACGCGGAGACGCUCAGCUGGUUUCCAAAUACGCGCGGAGGAGUCGGAGGGGGAACAGAGAGGACUGAGGUGCGGGAAGCGUCGCCCUUGUCUGGGGGGGAAAGAUGACAGUGGUGCCCGGAGAGAACCUGGAUGAGACUGUGGCACUGGCCGCGCUGUCAGCCCAGGAUGUGUACGACCCGGAGAGAGCCGAGAACCAGGAGUGCUGCGAGCGGGUGGUCAUCAACAUCUCCGGGCUGCGUUUCGAGACGCAGCUGAAGACACUCGCCCAGUUCCCCUCCACUCUGCUGGGGGACCCGCGCAAGAGGAUGCGCUUCUUCGACCCGCUGAGGAACGAGUAUUUCUUCGACAGGAACAGACCCAGCUUCGAUGCCAUCCUCUACUACUACCAGUCCGGGGGGAGGCUCCGGAGACCCGUCAACGUGCCAGUGGACAUUUUCAUGGAGGAGAUUAAAUUUUACGAACUGGGGGAGGAGGUGAUCGAGAAUUUUAAGGAGGAUGAGGGGUUUAUUAAGGAGGAAGAGCGCCCGCUGCCUGAUAACGAGUUCCAGCGGCAGGUUUGGCUCCUGUUCGAGUACCCGGAGAGUUCCGGACCCGCCAGGGGGAUCGCGAUAGUUUCCGUGCUGGUUAUUCUCAUCUCCAUUGUGAUUUUCUGCUUGGAGACUUUACCGGAGUUCCGAGAGGAAGCCAGAACGUUUGACGAGCAGCUGGUGGUGAACGGGACCGUGCGCGCAAAGAAGCCAAACCCGUUCACAGACCCGUUUUUCAUCGUGGAGACGCUCUGCAUCAUCUGGUUCUCCUUCGAGCUGCUGGUCAGGUUCCUCGCCUGCCCGAGCAAGCCCGCUUUCUUUAAGAACAUUAUGAACACCAUCGAUAUCGUGGCCAUCAUGCCCUACUUCAUCACGCUGGGGUUGGAGUUAGCGGAGCACCAGGGGAACGGGCAGCAGGCCAUGUCGCUGGCCAUCCUCAGGGUCAUCCGUCUGGUCCGGGUCUUCCGGAUCUUCAAGCUCUCCAGACACUCCAAGGGGCUCCAGAUUCUCGGGAAGACCCUGCAGGCCAGUAUGAGGGAGCUGGGACUGCUUAUAUUCUUCCUCUUCAUCGGGGUCAUCCUCUUCUCCAGCGCGGUGUACUUCGCGGAGACGGAUGACCCGGACUCUGGCUUCAGCAGCAUCCCGGACGCGUUCUGGUGGGCGGUGGUGUCCAUGACCACGGUGGGUUACGGGGACAUGUGUCCGGUCACCAUCGGAGGGAAAAUUGUGGGCUCCCUGUGCGCCAUAGCCGGAGUGUUAACCAUCGCGCUCCCGGUGCCCGUCAUCGUCUCCAACUUCAACUACUUCUACCACCGGGAGACGGAGCACGAGGAGCAGUUCCAGUACACGCAUGUGACGUGCGGCCAGCAGCAGCCGCAGUUUGGAGAGUUCAACAAGAGCGACAGCAAGCCGUCUCUGUCCAAGUCCGACUACCUGGACAGCGAUGACGCGGACUCCAUCAAAUACACCAACUGCAGCCCGCACAAAGCGUACACCGGGAAGCUCACCGAUGUUUGAUUUUUGACCCACAAUUACGCAUCAGUGGCGCGCUGAGGGAAUCUUUCCGUGCCAUCAAACAUCCCGCGCUCUGGUUUGAGUUUAGGUUGGCGAGCUCCUUAUUUCUGCCAUCAAAGGGAUUCAUUUCAUUCACAGAUGGAUUAUUAUGAGAUAACUCACAUUUAUCCCCCUGAAACAGUCUUCCAUUACGCGCGCCAUGAGUCAGAGGGGAAAGCUUUGAAACGAUCAGCCUUUAGCCAGUUGUAGCACUUUAUUGUUGUUAUUAUUAUUAGCCUGAUGUUUCUCUUAGUAAAUGCGUAAUUUAUUGCCACAAUAAUGCAGGUUUAAAGUUUACAUUUGCUUUUCUGUCUAUCUGAAGCAACACAGGACCAAUUUAGUCUAAAUAUACAGACUGAUGCAGGAGGCACAUGGUGGCUGUUUUUGUUAUGGUCCCGCGCGCGCGCACACACGCACACCUGUUAUUUCAGCCUCAUGUAUUUUCCAUUCACUCUGCAUGGAGCUCAGUGGUGGAUCAGAUGAUGUGCAGCAGGCUGGAGGAAUCACUUAUCCUAAAAUUAAACUUCUCUGAGCAGGCUUCCGUACAAGUCGCCUAAAUGUUUAAAUGUUGCUUCAGGAGGUUAAAUCCUCACUUUGUAGAGAGGCAUUAUGAAAUCAGGUGCAGCUUUUCCCAAACCAAGAGCGCCACUGUGUGGAUGAGGAGGAGCCCCGCAUCUCUCCGGUGGAUGCAGUUUCUAUAGCAACCUUCCAGACUUUUCUGUAUUGUCUGCCACAGGAAUGAAAGGACGCAGGCUGAGGCUGUGGAGACGAGGCUCAGCGAGGCCACAAAACCACCAUGUUGUGGAAGCCUCCAUGUUGUUUUAGCUCACCAGCUGAAUCCGACACACGUUAUUUUAAUCUCCAACAGUAAAGAUGAUCAAGUAUAAAAUAUUAGCAGGCAGGUUUGUGACCUGUUGUCCAUGCAGCUCAGUCACACAGAGAAUAUGAUCCACAGAAAUGAACUGGCUGCAACAAGCUGAAAAUAAUGAGAAAUGUUCUUCACAAGUUCCCAGAAACACAACUGAUGUUUUAAAAUCGUGCAUUUUUCAGAUUGAAAAAUCUUAAGGAGUUACAAUAGGAAAAAAAAAAGGAAAUCAUCCUGUUCAAUAGAUUCAAUGAUGAUAUUAUGGAUGUUUCAGAGCUCGACUGAUACUGACACUUAUUUAAUAUCUCUGCUGAUAUUAGACAUUUAUAUUAAAGUGCUGUGAUAAAAUGUUCUGACAUUUUAGUGUUAGUUUCUUAUUGAAAAAGUACAUUUUGAACAGCAAAACUUAUAUAAACUAAACGAAAAACAACAAAAUCUGAUAAAAAAAAGAUGCUAAAAAUGAUCAAUACAACAAAGUUAAGUCACAUUUUGGCGGUAUUUGUUACGUAUCAGUCAUGUACGGAGGCUAACAAGAGCCAAGAUCUGAAUUUUUGGUAUUUAAAUUGUGAUUUGAAUUUCAUGAUUAGGUAUUCAUUCAGUUGCAGAAGAAGAAAUGACAAUGGUUUGAAUUCUCGUCUUUGGAAUUGCCAUGGGUGAUUUCAAGUUGUGAAUAUUAUUUCAAAAAAACAAAAAAAAACAAAAAAAACAACAACUAGGGUUCACAGAUUCAGAUAUGAAUCAGCAUUAAAAAAAAUAAAAAUAAAAAAGCUUUCAAGUUGCUAAAGGGUCAUUCCACGGAAUCAGUGCCCUUUAGUGUCCCAAAGAGGUAAUCAGUCAUAAAAAGCUUGAAACAAUGAACAAAUAUGUAAUUAAAAAAAAUAUAACUUUGCCUGUAAUAUAACAUAAAAUUAAAGUCAAUUAAAUAAUGUUUAAAAUAUUUUAAACAGCUUUAUACUGGUGAGAGUGAGGUUUUUGGCCUGUCCCUCACUAUAAUAGUUUUACUUCAGCAGGACUUUUAAUUUGUAAAAAUUAAAUCUAAAAAUCCAAAAAUUAAAUAUUAAACAAAAACAAACAAAGAAACAAACGAUAAAUAUGCAGAAAUAUGAACGUUUCCAUUUCCAUGACACCUGGGCUAACCCUUGUGAUUUGAUCAAAAGCUCCAGAACAGCAACUAAACUGACCUGUUUCUUGUCAAGCCUGAAUGGGAUCAUUUAGACAACCAAUCAGGUUACGUUCUAUCAGUCACAUGAUCCAAGAAAGAAACAUUUAGGAGUGACUGAAUUAAAGUUUUUGAAAUUACAAGAAAGAAUAAAAAUAGCGUCCAAACUACAUGAACUCAGACAGAUUUUGUUUUUUUAUUAAAAUAUUUCAAUACCAUUAAUUCAGUCAUAUUUAAACUUCAACAUUAGGUGUUCAGCCACUUGCUAAAAAUUGAAAUUAUUUUGACAUUAUCAGACAGCCAGUAUCAGUCGAGCUCUGAUGUUUUAACUUCAGAUUAUACUCAAAAUACAAAAUCAUUCAUUCAUCAAAAUCUGUCUCCAAUCGAUCAAUAAUUUCGUGCAUGCCCCGAUAUUUCACAAACAAACUGAUUCAGAACUCUAUGAUUUAUUGCACAGUGAAACAUCAGGUCACCUCCUGCUGAGUUUAAGUCUCCAUAAUUAGCCACGACAUGAAAGCACCUUACUCAUCUGGACUCAAUGGACGAAUCACUCAAUCAAACCUGAUGAAAACAAAAAGAGGAGUUCUUGAACAAACUGAGGGGAUUAAAAUGGUCCCAGCAGACGUCACGUGUUCACCGUCCUGUUGGAUUAUUAGCUGAUGGAUUGAUGGAUGGAGGCCUGAUGGAGUUUAACUGCUGAAUCAUCAACACAGACGGAUCGAUGGACGGACGGACGGAUGGCUCUUCAGCUCAGACGACCAAUGGAAUCAGUACACCGAGGGCUGGUCACACAGAGAGGUGCAGAACGAUGAGCCACACCUCCACCUCGUCAAACCAAAAGAGUACGCCAUCCCUGCUUCCCCCGCACCUCCUCCUCCUCCUCCUCCUCUUCUUCCUUCCUCUGAUGAAGGUGAAAUAAAACAAACUCUGGAUAAAAACACUGACACUCAUAGAGAACACGGAGCUAUGAGACGCCUUUCCAUUACAAGAGGACACCCUGACUGAUUUUUGCACAGAGCAAAGCUACAGUGGGACUCUGAGGUACGACAAAUGUUACUUGAAUCAUCUGCAACAUAUAUUUACAACAUGUCUGCUGGCUAACGGAGUCCUCCAUAUAUUCACGAAUAGAUGUUUUUUGGGAGACUGCUCCUGUUGCUGUAGAGAAAAAGAAACUUGUAAGUCCUUGUCUGUACGUUGCAUAUCAUAUUCAAACCAAAACAUAUUAUUGCAUGCUUGGAAAGUAGAGCAUGUAAACAGAAGAAAACAAGUCUGACUUUUGUGUUGACGGCUCAACCCAGCACCGCUAAUCUGAAACAUGGGAACAACAACAACAACAACAACUCAUCAAUAUCAAGUUUAUUGAGAUAAUUCUGUUCGACUGGUGGAGUUAGUUGCUAAAUCUAUAUUUUUUAAAGUGUCAUACUGUAUAUGUUUUAUAUGGAGAGGAAUUAGUUAAUUAUUUUGUAGAUUUUUAACAUUUUUGCUAACGUGUUUUUAUUUUAUUUAAAUUUUUUUUCUUUCUUUUUUAUUUUUGCCUUGGUAAAAACAGCAGCUCCAGAGGGCAGCUCUGAUGAAAAUGUCUACUUUAAAAAAAAAAGGAAAAAAACCCUGCCCCUAUAUGAAGAAUGUUCGUGUGUAAAAUUAACAAAAAAAAAGAAACGCAUUUAUUGCAGACAUUUGACAUCUGAUUUUCUUUGAAUAUUUUUGAUUGUGUUUGGCUUUUGAUCAGAAUGCUGUAUAUCUGUUAUUAUCAAUAACAUCUACCUCAGUGUCCGCUCAUUAAUGACAGAAGCUUUAACACCUGAGUGAUGUCAGUGUCCCUGUGUUAUCUGAACACUGUCAUCAGACCUGGAUUAAGUAUUUAAAUGCCUCUCGAAUUUUCUGGUGCAAUUCAUGAAACGCAAACGCUCUAUAAACUGCCAUUUGAUAACUCAGAGAAGCCCCAAAAAAUGCUAAAGACGCUCCAGGAUAUGUAAACAAAACCAUAUUAACUAGGGUUGAAUUAUAUGAAUCCUUUUAAUAAACAUCAGAUGUCAUCCAGCCUGACUUCAGCAGAACAGCUAAGAGCCUGACAGCACCAUUUUCUUUGCACAUUUUAAUUUACUGGUGAAAUUGUUUCAGAAGUCUGUGUGAGCGAAUGUGACUGUUUUUGAAUUAAUCGUUGAUUUAAGGGCAAUAAUGUGUUGCAGAAGUUUCCUACCAUUAAUAAAUGGAGUGGGUCAGCCUGUCUUAAAACUGUAAAACCUAAACAAAGUAGUUUGAGGUUUUAAUGGAAAUUAAGUUUUAUGUCAGCUGAUGGUCCAAAAUGCUGUUUCAGUGGUUUGAUCAACCCUGACAAGAGCCCAAUCCUCGGGUGAUGUUUAUUUCUUGUAAAUUUCAGACACGUAAUUGGUGACACUUGUGGGAAGAAUUUUGGAAAACCUGUUUCAAAUUUGAGAUGGGACAAUGGAUUCUAGUUUCGCAGCACUGAUAUCAGUUUCUAGGAUGUGUUUAGCCUAGCUUAGCAUAAAAGCAGGAAGCAAAUGAAAACUGCUAGCCUAAAAAACAACUUAGAUUCAGGAUCAGUUAGCACUGGCGCUACUUUGCGACCAACAACAGCCAUGAUGAAAGUGAUCAAACUUAGUAGUAGUUUAACAUAUUUGAGAUCCAGAGAUUUAGCUGGCUAGGUUGUACAUGCUAACGUUAAAUGUUAUUAAAGCCACCAAUUACAUAAAUUACUGGACAACUAUCUGGCAACGUUAGCUAGCUUGCAACCAACUUGACUCAAAAGCAUUGACUAACAGUAUAGAUAAAGACAUCUUAAAUUUUCACUGUAAAGAAAAUGAUCAAUUUUUGUAGAUUAAUUAUGAGUUGCUAGCUGAAGUUAAUUGAAUGAAAUGUUGACAUGAAAUGUUGGCGCUGCAGGGGGUGGCGUCACUCUGUGAUGUUAGCUCAGUUAUUCUUAGGCGUAUGCCAAGGCACCUGUAGCCUAGCUUGGCAAAGACUGGAAGCAGGCCGAAACUGCUAGCCUAGCUCAAAAAAUGAAUUCACUUUUCAUUAUAUAAUGAUUAUUGAAAAGGUGUAUGAAAAGAAAUGUAACAGUGACAUAUUGUGGUUUUAAAAGUAGUUGCCAUUGCAGCUAACUUAUUUGUUGACCAAUGACUGCUAGCAUCGCAAAAGUCCCAUCUUUAUGGUCGGGUUGCCUAGUUUUAGCUCACUCUCAACUCUACGUGCUUGUAGCUAGCAAUCUUAUUUUUAUUUUGUUCCUACAAUAUGUAAUAAUGCUACUUUGUUAUAGAGUGGUGCAGAAAUGAGUCCCAAAACCCAGAAAUGAGUUAGCAUUUUAGCACUACAUGCUCUUGUCUUAAAGUCAAUGGGUUUUUGUUAAGCUGCCUGAAAUAACAUCUGUCUGUGGUUAACACAAGCCUAAGAGACUACGGCCAUAAAAUACGUCAGCAAAUUCCCCCUGUCAUAAAUUUUGAAGCUUUUAUACAUCUUAAAAAGGGUGGUUGUUCGCAAGUGGCUAAAUGAGACCUCAGAACGUCGUCAUGCCGAACACAGCUUUAAAGCCUUGUUGUGCUGGCGACAUUGAAUCAUGAAACUGUAGUGUAGUUUGCUUAUAGUCUAACUUUAGCUUUUUACUUCUGGCGAUUCAUGUGAAACUCCAAAAGUUAUAAAAGCGGAGUUAAUUUGUGAAUUUUAUCUGAUUGAACAAAAUGUGUAUCAUUAAAUCCCAUUGGCUUUCUGACAAAGGAAACAGGGCAAAGUUAGCUUCCGCGUUGGUCUAUGAAGAAACGUCAUCCCUACAAAAUUUGGUCACUUGAUCAACCACAGGUGAGCAGUUUCCUCCUGCUUCCAGUCUUUGUGCUAAGCUAGGCUAAGCACCCCCUGGACCAUCUAGAGAUGCACAAAAUGAUGCCCAGUCCAUCUUCUCACCUGAUUCUGGGGAAGAUGAUGAACAAAAUCAUUCCCCAAAAUGCUGAACUUGUUAUUAUCAUUGUCACAAAUCAGUGAAACUGGUCUGUAAAAACUUGUAUCCAUCAAACCCGAGCAUCAACUCUGCAGUUUGGUCUUGUUGUAAUUCUGCUUUGCUUAAACAUAAAAACAGCCGAGGGUGAUUUCUGGUUGACAGAGGCACUGAUGAGCUGUGACUCAGCAUUAGUGGUGAUGAUUAAUGUAUUCUGCAUACUGUAUGUGCAACAAUUAAAACAGCAUUUCCCCUGUGAGUGCAGCAAUGUCCUUGUGACUACAUUUCAGCCAGGUCAGAUCACGUAAUAUUCACUACAUGUAACAUCUAUUCAUUCAUUCAUUCAUUCUCGACUGCAGAGUUCAGUUUCAGGCUUGUCACCAAAUUGUCUCAUUUUCAUGCAAAAAGAGGACGAAGCAAUAGUGUGAGUGAUUCCUGUGCUCUGGGAACUUCAGUGUGGAAGCAAAAUGCAUUUUUGAUUUCUUUCCUUUUUUCCCCCUGUUUUUUAUUUCCAGUUACUGUUGCUAUUUUUAUUUUGUCAAUCUUCAAUUGUGAUCUAUUUUUGAUAAAAUAAAUAUUUUAUCCUGAUCAGCUUCAAUCUUCAUGUGUUUCAGACGACUGCACAUGCAGAUGUGUCUUUUUCUGUUUCUUGCUGGUUUUCCAUGUGCCAUAGACAUUUACACAAGACGGCAAGGCUGGGUUUAAACAGUACGCCUGUGGGGUGUGUAAAUGUGUGUUUUGUUGGGAUAAAAUGUCAUCACAUCUGUAUCACCUUCAUCCAUGUAGUGGUGAAUGAAGUAGUGGAGAGGAAGGGACAGAUCUUUAAAGUCCAACUGAAAUUAAAUUUCAUUUUAAAACACACAUCUACAAAAUACAUAUCUGCCCUUUAAACAAUUUGUCCUGUGUUCUCCUUUGAGAAAAACAAAAUAGAAACCAAAAGGCAGAAAUUUAUACUUUACAUUUUUUGGUUUCAUGAUGACACCCCCUAGUUUUGCAUAAUUCAACAUGCCCAUUGCAUGUAGGCUACAGCACAAAUUAGUUUACUUUGACUCUCGUUCACUAUAGUGUCACAACGGCACUCUCCCUCUUCACCUUCUCACAGCGGCACUCUCAUUCUCUAACAAUGGCAUUCUCUGGCUCCCUAUAGUAGCAAGGAAAACACAGACACACUGUUGUUCCCUGCAGUUCAACACUGGCACUCUCUUGUUCCCUAUAGUGCUACACUGGCAUUCUCUUGUUCCCUACAGUGCAACAGCACUCUUUUGUUCCCUGCAGUGCAACACUGGCAUUCUCUUGUUCCCUACAGUGC